CUGUGACUCCUCCAAUCCAAUUCACGUUGUUAUUCUCGGUGCCCUCUAAGAUUUAUGCUGCUCACUUACGACUUUCCUUUGCUUUGCGACAUUGUGAUAGACGGAGCGGAUCGGAGACUCCAUCAUGCCAGGGGAUGAAGUUCGGCAGAGGAAAGGAGGUGGUCGCAAGAAGUCCAAAAAGGGGAAAGGAAAGGGUGGUUUGGAUCGGACUGGCAGCUUAGAUGGGCAAAAUGACCUGCUGUUACCCCCUCCGAUUAUACCAUCCAAAAAACCUGCGGAGGAGAAGACAAAAACAGCCCAGGCUAAAAUCGAAGAGGAAUCUGCCAUUUCCAUCUGCCUCCAGGUGCUCUUCCCAUACCUGCUGGCCGGGAUGGGGAUGGUGAUGGCAGGCAUGGUGCUGGACAACGUGCAGCAUUGGGAGGUGUUUAAGGUGAUCACCGAGGUCUUCAUCCUGGUACCUGCUCUGGUCGGCCUGAAAGGAAACCUAGAGAUGACUCUGGCAUCUCGUCUGUCUACUGCUGCUAACACUGGACAGAUGGACGACCCCAAACAGCAGUGGGUGAUGGUGACCUGUAAUCUUGCACUUAUUCAGGUUCAGGCCACUGUGGUGGGUUUUCUGGCGGCUUUGGCAGCUGUAGGUCUUGGCUCUCUGUCCAGAGGAGGUGUAGAGCUGGACCAGGCUGCGGUCUUGUGUGCUAGCAGUGUUACUACUGCAUUUGUGGCUGCUCUGUCAUUAGGUCUGGUGAUGAUUGGUGUGAUUAUCGGCUCCAGGAAGGUGGGCAUUAACCCUGAUAAUGUGGCCACACCAAUAGCAGCGAGUCUGGGAGAUCUGAUCACUCUUUCUCUGCUGGCAGGAGUCAGCAGCACACUCUUCCAGUACAGAGAUGUGUGGUAUUUGUCCCCAUUGGUGUGUGUUUUCUUCCUGCUGCUGAUUCCUGUAUGGGUGGUCAUUGCCAGACGGAGUCCUCAGAUUAAAGAGGUGCUGAAGUCUGGCUGGCAGCCAGUGAUUGUGGCCAUGUCCAUCAGCAGUUUUGGAGGUCUUAUUCUUGAUAAGACUGUGAGCGAUCCCAACUUUGAGGGCAUGGCGGUCUUCACACCAGUCAUAAACGGUGUCGGGGGGAAUCUGGUGGCCAUCCAGGCCAGUCGUAUCUCCACCUACCUUCAUUUCUGGAGCGUCCCUGGAGUCCUGCCCUAUAAGAUGAGACAGCACUGGCCCAAUCCCUGCGUCACCUUUUUCUCCUCAGGAGUGAACUCGAAGUCUGCGCGGGUGCUGUUCCUCCUGGUGGUUCCAGGUCACCUUCUGUUUCUAUUUGCCAUUAAUAUGCUUCAAGGAGGCCACACUGCCAUCACACCUGCAUUUACCUGCUGCUACCUGAGUGCUGCGCUGCUUCAGGUGGGGAUCCUCAUUUAUACAGCAGACUUGAUUGUGCGUUUGAUGUGGAGGAAAGGCCUGGACCCGGAUAAUUUCUCCAUCCCAUAUCUGACUGCUUUGGGAGACCUGUUAGGCACGGGUUUCCUGGCCCUGUGUUUCCGUCUGGUUAUGUUAGUGGAGGGACUUGGCUUCUAAAACUCUAAACCCUCCACUCCUGUUCACAGGACCUGUGCUGCCCACAGUAGUGCACACGAUAGGACUGGAAAUAUCAAAUCCCCUUUUGAUCAUUGGCAGGUAUGGACUGCAACCUGAUGGUCUGUAUAUGAUUAUAUUCUAGGUGUGUUGUCCUGUUGACUCAAUGAUGCUGCUUUCAUACACACUAGCCACCUGAUGCUGUAUAUUAUAACUCUAGGCGCAAGCAUCACUUAUUUUAUGUGCCAUGUUUAAAAUUGAAGUUUACCAAAAUUUAAAGGGAUAGUUCACCCCAAAAUGAACAUUUUCAUAAUCUACUUAUUCUUCCAAACCUAUUCUGAUGAGUACAAAAUAGAUAUUUUGAAGAAUGUUGGAAAACUGUUAGGAAAAACAAACAUUACUAUGGUAGUCAAUGGUUACAGGUUUCCAAGUUCUUCAAAAUAUCCUUUGUGUGUUCAACAGAACACAGAAGUGGGUUAAUGAUCCCUUUAAAGAUUCUGGGAUGUUUCUGUUAUCCCUAGCGAAUUUCCAGAGUAUCUGAUUUAGAUUGGUUUUUAAGUAAAUAAGGUAAAUUUGAAGGUCAUUCCUUUGCUGUUUAAGUAACACAGUUUUAAAGGCUGCUAGAUAUUUCAUAUACAGAGGGCCAGACGUGCCUCAGUUUGUACAUUUUUCCUCUAAAUUGGAUAAACAUCCAAUCAUAAAUCAUAUUUAUUGAAUGUACCAAUGUUCACUUGAAUGAAUUGAUUACAAUGAAUUCAUUGACGUGAUAAUUUAUUUAUUCUUCACUGUGAAUUAUAAUUUACUCUAAUCA